AUGGCCAGUAAACAUUGUGCUGUGUCUUUAAGCACAGUGUAUCCUAAAGGAGGUGCUUUUUUCACUCAUGCCUCAUUAACCAAUCAGACCCUCCAGACUACCUGCCAAUCAGAGGUGGUGCAGGGCCCUUCCUGCUCUCAGCUUCAGGACUGUCUAGACAAGCUAGACAAGCUAGAGGCAGCAUUUCUGUGUGCUGUGCUGCCAUUGCUGCUACAGGGAGCUGAACAGAGAGCUUGGGCGAGCUGGGAAACCACAACAUGUACAGUAGUCCUAACACAUAAAAGGACACAUACUAGAGAGAAACCCUAUGAAUGUUAUCAAUGUGGUAAAGCCUUUGUAUAUCAUGGUAAUCUUCUAAGGUAUAAAAUAACCCACACUGGAGAGAAACCUUAUGAAUGUAAUGAAUGUGAGAAAGCCAUUUCACAACAGACUGAUCUCCAAAUUCAUAAAAUAGUCCACACUGGAGAGAAACCCUAUGAAUAUAAUCAAUGUGGUAAAGCCUUUUGACAAGAACUCCAAUUUCAUAAAAAAACCCAUACUAGAGAGAAGCCUUAUGAACAUAAUCAAUGUAGUAAAGCCUGUGUAUAUAAUGUAAGUCUUCUAAUGCAUAAAAUAACCCACACUGACAAGAACCCCUAUGAAUGUAAUCAAUGUGGUAAAGUAUAUGCAUAUACUAUCCUCCAAAUUCAUAAAAGAACCCAUACUAGAGAUAAGCCCUAUGAAUGUAAUCAAGAAUUACAGAAUGUUGUCAAAAUCCUCAACUGGAUUCUGGGCAGGGACUUGUCUUAA